AACCUGCGUCUUCCUUUCUCUCCUCCAAUGGCGGUCGAUGAUCGGUCGGAAGCAAUCGUCAAGACGUUUGCAGUGAAACCAAAGCUCAAACCGACUACAAACAAAUCCACACCAACUCCAGAAUCAAAAUACUGGAAAUCAUUCAAACCCAAACAAACCCAAACCCUAGUUUCAUCCAUAACUUCACUUGCAUUUUCCCCGACAGCUCCACAUGAUUUCGCCGCCACCCACUCCGCCACCGUAACUGUAUUUUCCUCGCAAACUCUAGAGCCUAAAUCAACUAUCGCCGCCUUCAAAGACACCGCUACCUCUGCUUGUUUCCGAUCUGAUGGCCAACUGUUAGCCGCUGGUUCGUACUCAGGUUUGAUCCAGGUGUUCGACAUCAAGAAGAGAUCUGCACUCAGACGCCUCCGUGGCCACUCGCGUCCAGUUCAUUUUGUCAGUUACCCUCGCGUUGACAAGCUCCAUCUCUUCUCCGGCGGCGAUGAUGCCGUGGUUAAGUAUUGGGAUGUUUCGUCGGAGAUUUCGAUUCAUAACCUCAUCGGUCAUAAGGAUUAUGUCCGGUGUGGCGAUGGAUCUCCGGUCAGUGAUGACAUGUUUAUCACGGGAUCGUAUGAUCAUUCCGUUAGGGUUUGGGACGUUAGGGUUUCAAGCGAUACAUCAAUGUUGAACAUCAACCACGGUUCACCGGUGGAGGAUGUAAUUUACUUACCAUCUGGUGGUUUAAUCGCCACCGCAGGUGGAAAUAGUGUGAAAAUUUGGGAUGUGAUUGGUGGUGGUAAGCUGCUACAUUCGAUGGAAAGCCAUAACAAGACUGUGACUUCACUAACUGUUGGGAAAAUAGGGCAAGAUAGUGGGGAUUUCACUAAUCAAUAUCGAAUUUUGAGUGUUUCAUUAGAUGGGUAUUUGAAAGUAUUCGAUUACUCGAAAUUAAAGAUCACAAGUUCGAUAAGGUUUCCAUCUUCUCUUAUGUCAGUGGCAUUCUCACCAGAUUGUUCCACUAGGGUAAUUGGUACUUCAAAUGGGAUUCUUUAUGCAGGGAAGAGGAAAACCGAAGAAACUGUUGGAUCUGUGAAAUCUGAAUGGGGGAAAUACGUUGGUUUUGGAGCUAUAGAUGAACCCGAGAAGAGGGUCUUAAGACCAUCAUAUUUCCGGUACUUUCAUCGUGGCCAAAGUGAGAAGCCUUCAAAAGGGGAUUUCUUGAUCAUGAGAUCGAAAAAGGUGAAACUUGCUGAACAUGACAAGUUGUUGAAGAAAUUUCAUCACAAAGAGGCUUUGGUGUCAGCAUUAAGAGCAAAAAAUCCCGAAAACAUAGUGGCAGUGAUGGAGGAAUUGGUGUCUAGAAAGAAACUAUUGAAAUGUGUUUCGAAUUUGGGGGUGGAUGAGCUUGGAUUGUUGUUGGGUUUCUUGCAGAGGUACUCCACAAUGCCAAGGUAUGCUGGUGUGUUAAUAGCAUUUGCAAAGAAAGUAGUCGAAAGCCGAGCUGAUGAUAUUACUGGUUCAGAGGAAUUAAAAUCCCACAUCCGAAAUCUAAAGAGAUCGGUGAUGGAGGAGAUAAGAAUCCAACAAUCUUUGCAAGAAAUCCAAGGUAUCAUUUCUCCUUUACUAAAGAUUGCAGGGAGAAGAUGAAUCAUAUGAUUGUUUUUUUCUUUGCAUUUUUAAGACUUUUUUCAGGUUUCAAAAAGUUAUCCAAUUUUGUUUGCCA